GUGACGGUGACGGUCAGCACGAAGGUGGUUGGGGUUUCGGUGCCGCGGCUCGAGGUGCGCGAUGGCGCGGUGAAUGAGGGCAUCGCGUGGGACGUAUUCAAGUGGCAGUUGAUGGAAAUCGCGCGCGCGAUUGGUCUCAGCUGCGCCGGUGGCGCCGCCGUCGGCCUCGCCGAUUUCCGGGCGGCGCGCGUCGCUUCCAGCAAGCCCUUCGGGCGCUGGGGCAGCGCCUGCGCCGACGUCGGGGGCGUCGGCUUCGACGGGCCCGACACCGCAGCGAGGCGGGCGAACCAGGCAGGCGGCCGGAUCAGCCUGGCCGACGACUUGCGCAACGCAUUCGCGGGCACCACCGCGCACGGCAUGUUUGUUGCGCAUGGCGCGGAGAAAGACAACGUCGACGGCUUUGGCGCCUGCCGCCGGGCCAGGUGCAUGGACCGGCGCGGGGGUGCCGAGGGGGGUCAGAUCAAGCUAGCGCCAGACGGGCUCUUUGACAAACGCGUCGGUUUCACAGAGCACCUCAGAGCCGUUAAUGGGCCGAUGAAUUAUCGCGCCCUGCAGGUCAAGAAGCAGUUCGAUAAGGAUGAACUCAGCUUCGUCCCGAUCACGUCUUCGAUCUUGCUGGGACUGCAGACGGGCGAUGCGUCGGGCGUCUGCGUGCGCCUGAAGACCAACGCAGGCCUGAACGUGGAUGCCAGCAACGCUGGCGCCGGCGGUGUCAAGGAACAGCGAGACUCUGCGGUGGCGUCGUUCUGGCUGGUCACAGAUGGCGACAAGCCGAACGUGGUCCUGAAACGCAUUGCGACCGAGGUGGGCGCGAAUAUCCCAGUGCUGGUCAACGGCAGGGCACUCGACGCUGAUGACCAGCCGCGCGCGUCCCUCGAUGCGAUGGCUGAUCUGGCGGGCAAGCCAGCGCCCGCCAGGGCGCGCGCCGAGCCCCAGAAGGCAGUUGCGAGGGGCGCGCGCCGUUCGCGGAGUGGAUCUCAGCUGCGGCAGCGCAGCUGCGCGCUUUGUACCGCCGCGCCCGCUGCGUUCGAGGGGCGCCUCGCGCGCGAGAAGCGGCCGCGCGCCAUCGCUCGCGCAGCGGGGUUUCGACGCGGCACGCUGGCGGCGUGCGCCGCGACGAUGGCGGGCGCAGCCGCGGGCAAGCGGCGCGCCCAGACGGGGCCAUCGAAGUGGCCGGCGGCCCAGAUGUCGCGCUCGCGCAGCCCGCGCCGACCCGCGGCAGCAGCCGCGGCAGCGCCGCGGAGCAAUGAGCUCGAGAGGCAGGCUGGGCACGUAGAGAUGCAGACGCACGCGCUGAGGCAUGCCCUGCAGGAGCAGCUGGCCGCGUUUCAGAGGCUGCUGAUCGCGCGGCAGAGGCGGGCUCUGCUGGAGCAGCUGACCGCGCGGCGCGCAGCUGGUGGGCGAUCCUUCGGCGUCAACGGGGAGCUGGCCGGUGAAGACCUGGGCAGCGCAAGCGACGCCAGCAGCGCCAUAGGCUACAACAGCCACGUGGCCGAAGAG